UCCGAGCGCGCGUUGUGCUUCAUAAUAAGCGUGUGGUAUUUGAGAGCGUAUGAACGCGCGUUUAUAUGUGAGCGCGCGCGCGCGCAUAGCCAACGCGGUGUGUUGUGUGCUGCGCUCGGGCGUACUUUUUGGUUGGUGGGUAGUCGCCAAGUCACAGCAAGUGGGCUAACUUAGUCUAUUCGUGUAUCGUGUGCGGCGCGCUCACUCGUUUGUAUGGCGCAAAUAAUCAGCUAAGGUAGCUUUAACAACGUUCGAUGUAUGCGCGCGUGUGUGUGUAUACCGCCACCAUUCGCUCGCUCGCUCGACGUACCGCCGCAGUGGCCAGUGUUUGUUGGUUAGUUUCAAUGUUUCGUUCGUUGUUGGCUUUAAGUGCGGUUCACGGCGCGUUUUGAAAACAAAUUUGGAAAAAAAUCGCCAAAAAUUUUUGUUAUUUUUAUGGUUUUUUGCUAGCGAACGCUUUGUGUUGUGUAAUGUGUGUGCAGUGCGCGGCAGCAAUAAUGGUUGCAAAUGCUUGUACCUACCGCCUAACUGUACGAGUACACAAAUGCCUCAAUCGCACAAAUAGAUCAUGGAAUCUAAUAAAAUGUGCGAAAAGUUAACAAUUACAAAAACAAAGGCAAAUACAAUAAUAACAACAACGGAUCUAUUACAUGUGAAAAUAAAAAGUGAACAAUUUGAAGAAUUUCAAAAAAAUUUACGAACAACUACGAAUUGAAAACGAGCAAAGAAAAUACGCGUACUAAUUUUUCUUUAGUACGAACAAGAAAAGUGGAAAAAAUAUAAGUAAGUUAAGUAAAAAAAGCAGCAACAACAACAAAACCAAAGAAUAACGAAGUGUAUAGAAGAAAAGGAAAACGCGAUUACAAAGUCAAAACUAAACGAACUGUGUAAAUUAAUUAUUACAACAAGAAAAUACAAACAACAAAAAUAACAACAACAGCAGCACGCCAAACAAAUUAAACACAAACUAAAACACCUGAUUAAACGACUCAAGCAAACAAAAAAAAAACAACAACAUAAAAAAUACAACAACAAAAAAGUAUAACAACAACAACGAACAACCAGCUAACCAAAAUUUCGCUUACCAAGCAGCUACGUUGUUGUGACUAUGUCCGAAACUGAGCUGUAUGAAAGCAAAGGCAAUUCCGAAUCCUUCCUGCAGUAUGGCAAUGAGAAGCCACCGCCGAUUGUUGUUGUGGUCGGCGAUGGACGCAGUCGGGUGCGACGUGUGGUGCGCACCGCGACACGUCACGUGACUGUUGUCAGUUACUCGACACGCCACAAGGAGACGCGCACCCAUACAUCGCACCAUGUGACGACAGUGAGUUUCCCACAAAAAUCCAUCGAGCGUAGCGGUUCAACCCAAUAUGACAUUGCCGCACCGACGGGCUCCACAACGUCCGGUUCCACAAUGUCAACGGAUUGUGGCGGCUAUGUGUAUCUGCAGCAACACUAUAUACCCUCGAGCUCUUCCAGUGCGGCUAUAAAUUAUCCCGUAAUGCCACAAUCGCACAUGAUUUACCAGCAACAUCAUCCACAGCAACAGCAACAACAAUAUGCAAACUCGUGCCAUCAACAGCAAAUCGCACAUCAGUCAGCUGCCGCAGCAGCAGCAGCGGGAACUGGUGUCAUGCACCAUGGCCAACAUGUGAGCUUACAUCACCAGCAUCAUCAUCAUCAUCUGCUGCAUGGCCAUCAUCAUCAUCAUGGUGGCGCCGUUGUGAUUGCCGGCAGCGGUGUUGGCACCGGCGGUGCGGUUGGUGUGGCUGGCAGCGGCGGUCCCGGCAGCACAUCGCCAUCGGCAAUGCAGCAAAAUAUGCAUAAGAAGAAUUCCAUACGCAAUGGCAGCGAUGUGAUGAAGCGUGCACGUGCACAGACAGCAUACGAGCUCUCACAAGAUUUGUUGGAGAAACAAAUUGAACUAUUGGAGCGUAAGUACGGUGGCGUGCGCGCGCGUAAUGCUGCCGUAACGAUACAACGCGCCUUCCGCCACUAUAUGAUGGUGAAAAAGUUCGCCUCAAUUACCGCUAUGGCCAAAGCUGAGAAACGUCUUAGCCGCCGUGUAAUGAUUGUAUCUGGUGGCGCCGGUGGUGGUGUUGCCGGUGUCGAAGAUGGCCCGGCCUCCAAUUCGUCAUUGUCCUCAGCAUAUGGCAGCGCAACUGAAUCUCAGCUGGAUAUGAUGCAGCAGCAGCAACAGCAACAACAACAAUUACAAGCACCAGGCACUACAUCGCCGUAUGCAAAUCAACAGUCACAAAUACAACAACAGCAACAGCAGCCGCGUGUUACCAUUUUGGCAGGUCCACCGGGCAGUGUAGUGGGUGGCGCCACAUCGGUGCCAUUGGGAUCGUCGAAUGCCAUGUCGGCGCGCACACCGCCUACGCGCUCGUUGUCGAUGCGCGAGCGCCGACAGCAGGAUGGCAGUCCCAUACCGCGCAGUCAGUCAGGCGCCUCGUCAGUACCCAUUGGCGGCGGUGGCGGCUCCUCCGCCUCUUCAACAUCUUCCGGCGGCACACUCGGCUCGGCCACACAUCCACAUGUCAAUCUGUUACAUGCCACCGAACCACACUUCUAUGGCAGUCAACAUCUGGCCACACAUUACUACCACGUACCACCACACGAGGCCAGUUACGCCAGCUCGGCGAACAGUUCGCACUUGGAUAGCUCGUUGAACACAUCGUGGGCGAGUGUCGCCAGUGGCACAUCACCACACACACCCUACUAUUCGGCGGCACAAAUUUAUAUGCGACCCAAAGGCGCGCCUGGCAGCACAUCCGCUGAGCGCAAGAAAGUGCCACCCGAAGUGCCGAAGCGCACCUCCUCCAUAGCGGCACAACAACAUGCACAGCACCUGGCCGCACAGCAACAACACCAACACAUGUUAAUGAUGCGCCAAACACCACCACCACCGUCACUGAUGCGCUCGAAUGGACUGUGUAAGAAUGCGGAGAAUGGCAGUCUCACUUCGGUGCAGAGUUCGGGUAGCGAUUCGAGCGUCACAUCGGCCGAUCGUAUUGCCGUCAACAGUGAUAUUGGUUCGGAUCGUUCGAAUUCGCCACAAACAUGGAAGCGCAACACGGCGCUCUCGAGUUCACAACAAUUCGUGCAUAACAACGAUGCGAGCGCGGUGGCAUUUAGUCUGGCACAGGCGCAGGCUGCUGGUAUGGUGACCGAUGGACGUGGGGGUGGCAGUGUGGUUGGCGCGGGCAACACAUCCGAUGAUCAUGCCAUAUCGUCACACACAACCGCCGCACAGUAUGAGCAACACGAUCAGCAACAGGAUCAUCACUUGAAUGCGGCGGCGCCACUGCAGAAUUACAAGGUUUCAGAGACGAUACGCAAGCGUCAAUAUCGCGUCGGUUUGAAUUUGUUCAAUAAGAAACCGGAGAAAGGCAUCACCUACUUGAUACGUCGCGGCUUUCUCGAGAAUACGCCACAAGGUGUGGCGCGUUUCCUGAUCUCGCGUAAAGGUUUGUCGCGUCAAAUGAUCGGCGAGUAUUUGGGCAAUCUGCAGAACCAAUUCAAUAUGGCGGUGUUGAACUGCUUCGCUUUGGAGCUGGAUCUGUCCGGCAUGCAGGUGGAUGUGGCAUUGCGCAAAUUCCAGGCAUACUUCCGCAUGCCGGGUGAGGCGCAAAAGAUCGAGCGGCUAAUGGAGGUGUUCUCGCAGCGGUUCUGUCAGUGCAACCAGGAUAUUGUGGGACGUUUAAGAUCUUCAGAUACGAUCUUCGUGCUGGCAUUUGCCAUCAUCAUGCUUAACACCGACUUGCACACACCCAAUCUCAAGCCGGAUCGUCGCAUGCGCGUCGAAGACUUCAUCAAGAAUCUGCGGGGCAUCGACGAUUGUCAUGACAUCGAGAAGGAUAUGCUCGCUGGCAUUUAUGAGCGCGUCAAAGCCAAUGAAUUCAAACCCGGCAGCGAUCAUGUGACACAAGUGAUGAAGGUGCAGGCCACAAUUGUGGGUAAGAAACCGAACUUAGCAUUACCGCAUCGGCGACUCGUUUGCUAUUGUCGGCUCUACGAAAUACCCGAUGUCAAUAAGAAAGAACGCCCCGGUGUGCAUCAACGCGAAGUUUUCCUCUUCAACGAUUUGCUAGUGAUCACCAAGAUAUUCAGCAAGAAGAAGUCCUCCGUAACGUAUACGUUCCGUAAUAGUUUCCCGCUAUGCGGCAUGGUGGUAACACUACUCGACGUGGCCAAUUAUCCAUUUUGCAUACAACUUUCACAAAAAGUCGACGGCAAAAUACUGAUCACUUUCAAUGCGCGCAACGAGCACGAUCGCUGCAAAUUUGCCGAGGAUCUGAAGGAGUCCAUCAGUGAGAUGGAUGAGAUGGAGGCGUUGCGCAUCGAAGCCGAAUUGGAGCGACAGAAGUCGGCGCGCAAUCGCACAGCCGGGAGUUCUGAGAACCGUGAUAGUGGCGUAGCCGACGUUGAGGUGGGCGCAUAUCAGGCAACCCCCGCCGGAGAGCUAGCACCGAACGCAAACGACCCAACGCAACAACUGAAACGCAGCGCGCUCAGCAACAGCCUGCUCGAUAUGCAUGAGCAAUUUGGCAACGAGAAGCCACAACGGCGCGGCAGCGUCGGUUCUUUGGACAGCGGCAUGUCCAUCUCCUUUCAAUCGACCACCACAAGCAGCGCUUCGCGUGAGAAUGCCGCCGUCAUUGCAGCAGCCGCAAAUGCCGCUGCGGCCAAAAUGCGUUUCCAACUACCCGCAGGCGCGGCAGUUGCCAUGGGUGGCAAUGUAGGCGCUACGGUCGUUUAUCCAAAUGCAGUUGGCGCUUACGCACAUGCGACUGCGGGCUUUGUCAGUCAACCGCAUGCUAUACUUAUGCAACAACAAUUGGUGGUGCAACAACAGCAACAACAACAACAACAUCUACAACACUUGCAGCAACAGCCACAGCAAGCAGCGCUGCUACAGCAGCAACAACAACAGCAAGCGCAUGCCGCUAUGCAGGGUUCAAUAACGGGACGAGUGCCGGGUAGCGGACGCGAGCGCAAGUUAUCGCGCUCCGACGAAAGCGGUCGCUCCACCGAAGUGUGAAGCGUGCAAAACUAAGGACAGGAUUAAAUAGUUUAGCUGUAUGUGCUUUAAGGGUAGGGGGAGAAACAAUUUGUAAAUUUGUGUGUUAAGUAUUAUUAAGGUGUGUUUCAUUUUUGAGUUAAGCUUAUGGCGUACGAAAGUUUAUAGCGGUUUGCAUUUGGAGAAACGUGUAAUCGGUUAUGUGUGGCAUAUGUAGAGAGGUUAAGGCGCAAAAAAGUUUUAUUUUUGUUUUUGUAAAAUUAAAUUUAUUUUAUGUUAACAAAUUGUUUAUUGAAUUAGAGGUUAUGUCCACGUAUCAAACCAAUUCAGCUUGUUGUUUACUGUAACAAUAACAAAAACAAUUUAUCGCUUGCUUUUGUUGUUGUAACUAUUGAAAUAUGAUUAUUGAAUUAAUAUUGCUGUUUUUAUUACAGCAACAACACUAUUUUAAAGUGGUUCAAAACCGAUUUUUGUUGUAAUCAAAAUAAUUUUAUGCGCUUUAAUGAUUUUAUUUGUAAUUUAAAAGAAUAUACAUAUUAAUGAAAAUUCAAAUAAUUAUUAAUAAAUAAUUAAUAUAAAUCA